ACCUACCUACAUUCCUACAUAUCAUAUUUUAUUGUUUGAUUGUUUGUCCCUGUGCCUGUGGUUUGUCCUGUAUGCUAUAUUACUUGCUCUGUGGUUUGUGUUGUGGUUUGUGUGUUAUAUUUUGUCAACAGUGUGAUCAACAUGGAAUUUAUGAAAUUCAUUGAUUUAUAAAAAUAUGUGAUACAUAUUAUAAUAACUAUUAUACGUUUAUAUCGGUGAUAUCUAUUUCCACGGAAAAUUAUUCGCCAAAAUAUAUGUACAAUAAGACCACUUUUUAUGAAAUAAUAUUUUUAUUAAUUACCUAGUUAAAAAUUUAUGUAGGCAUUGGAAAAAAAAAAAUAAAAUUAGUAUUCAAGUACAAGAACAAGGGGCACAUUUUAAAAGCAUCAGAUCAGGAAAAUAUGGAAGAGUUAGAUGAAACAAAUGAACUAACUAAAAACGUUGAAACGAAAUACCCACUCCUAUUAUUCGAAAAACAGAUUUUUAUGGAUGUAUUUGAAAGGGAUGCCUUGCUUAUUCUUGCUAAAGGAUUGAAUUAUAAUAAUAUAAUUACAAAUAUUCUAUGGGUGUAUAAAGACCCCGCAAAUUUAGUCUUGGUAUUAAAUAGUAAUGAUCAUGAAGAGAAACAUUUUACUAAAAAAUUAAAUUUGUCUUCACUACCAAUUAAAGGAACAGAAAGAGAGAAAACAUAUCUAGAAGGUGGUAUAUACUUUGCAUCAACAAGAAUUUUAGUUUUUGACUUAUUAAAAAAUCGAAUACCUGUUCAAAAGAUUUCCGGAAUAAUUGUGUUAAGGGCCCACACUAUACUAGAGUCUUGUCAGGAAGCAUUUGUCUUAAGAUUGUAUAGACAAAAAAAUAAGACUGGUUUCAUAAAAGCAUUUUCAAACUCCCCUAUAUCAUUUACAUUUGGUUUCCAUCAAGUUGAAAAAGUGAUGAGAGCUCUAUUUGUAACAGAACUAUAUUUAUGGCCAAGGUUCCACGGCACCACAAUUAAGAGCUUAAAAGCCAGACAAGCCCAAGUUGAAGAGCUCCACAUUCCACUCACAUCUAAUAUGGCCCACAUACAAUCUUGCCUCCUGGAUAUCAUGAACUACACUGUCAAACAACUUAAAAGCAUGAAUAGAACUAUUGACAUGCAGGAAAUUACAACAGAAAACUGUUUAACAAAAAAAUUUCAUAAAAUACUACAAUCUCAAUUGGAUUGUGUGUGGCAUCAGCUUAGCACAAGAACAAAGGAAUAUAUUCAAGAUCUAAAAGUUUUACGAACUAUGAUUAUAAAUCUUAUUCAUGAUGAUGCGGUAUCAUUUUACGCAUUAGUAAGCAAAUACAGGACAGCGGAAUAUGCUCAAGUCAAUUCUGGAUGGAUACUUUUGGAUUCUGCGGAAGAUUUGUUUCGCGUCGCCAAGGGACGGGUUUACAAUAAUAAAAAUGAGUUUAAUCCAGAACCUCCCCCAAAAUGGCAAUGUUUAAGUGAUUUGCUUAUAAAUGAAAUACCAGAGGAAGUAAAAAAGAAGAAUGGUUCACUAAACAAUACAAAAGUGUUAAUACUAUGCUUAGAUAAUAAAACAUGUUGUCAAAUAAAUAAUUUUCUCACCAUGGGUGCUUAUAGAUAUCUCUUAUACAAUGCAUUUCGAAGGGAAUUGACGAUUAAUGCAGUAUCGGGGAAAUUUAAAAAUAUUAAAAAUGAUGUAGCGCUGCAAAGUGACAAAGCAAGCUUACAGACAUCAACAGAAACAAGUGAUAUUGACAACUUGAAUGAUCAGGAUAAUGCAGAUGAAUUCAAUCAAUCAAAUUAUCUGCUAACAUUGUCUCAAAUUGCCACUAGCAAUGUUGAAAAGGAAAAACUAUUAGAGACAAGUAUGUUUGAACCAAUAUCUCAGAUGGAAAACAUAAACCUCACACAAAUCGAAAAGGAAAAGCCAAUUGUAUGUAUACAGACAUUUAAACAGAAUGGUAACCACUUCUCUCUAGAAGAAACAUUAGAAUCAUUACGCCCUGAGUAUAUUAUAUUGUACCACAGUGAUAUAGCGGCUGUUAGACAAAUAGAACUGUUUGAAUGUAGAAAAGCUCCAGAGGAACCUAUUUCGAAAGUUUACUUCCUGAUACAUGAUAAAACAGUUGAGGAACAAGCAUAUCUCACAUCUUUGAGGAGAGAAAAACAAGCAUUUGAACUAUUGAUUCAAACUAAAAGUGUAAUGGUGAUACCAUCCUAUCAAGAUGGCAAGACAGAUGAAUAUUUUAAUCUUAAUGUGGAAGAAGAAGCUGCUCCUACCGAUACUAGAAAAGCAGGUGGGCAAAAUCAACAGAAAGAAAAACCAGUUAUAAUUGUUGAUAUGCGUGAAUUUCGAUCAGAUUUGCCUGCGUUACUACACCGAAAAGGGAUUAAUAUAGAACCUGUCGUUAUUACAAUUGGCGACUAUAUCCUCACACCCGACAUUUGCGUGGAACGGAAAUCGAUAUCAGAUUUGAUUGGUUCUCUCCACUCUGGUAGACUUUACACGCAAUGCACACAGAUGUGCCGCAAUUACAGCAGACCUAUAUUGCUCAUUGAGUUUGAUCAAAACAAGCCUUUCCAUUUACAGGGAAGUUUCGUUGUUUCAAAUGAUAUAUCCAGUGUUCAUAUACAACAAAAACUGCAGCUUUUAACAAUACAUUUUCCCAGACUCAAGAUUGUUUGGUCUCCAAGUCCAUAUGCAACUGUUGAACUAUUUUAUGAACUUAAGCAAGGUAGAAAAAAUCCAAAUGUAGAAGAAGCUGUAGCCCUCAGCGGGGAGAAUACAGCAGAUGACGUGUGCUAUGAGAGAUACAAUGUACUAGUUCACGAUUUCGUACAAAAACUGCCCGGAGUUACCUCCAAAAACAUCACAAGAUUAAUGAACAGAGGUGUAUCGUUAGAUCAUUUAAUAAAUUUAUCUGAGAAUCAACUAGCAGACAUUUUGGAAAAUAAAAGAGAAGCCGAAACAUUAUACUCAAUAUUACACAUUAAACCCAAACCAUCGGAUAUAAAGAAAGAAGAAAAAACAUUUGGAAGGAAGAAAAAGGAAGGUUGGAGGAAAGCCAUUUAAAAAUAAAAAAAUAGCUGUUAAAAAAUAUAGUUUGUAUAAUUUUGUAAAAAGUUAACAAUGUUAAUUAAAAUUAAAAUCAUAAUAUUUU